AUGGGCUACGUCACCGCGAAGACGACAUGGCCGACGGCGGUCCAGCUAGACGCAUCGGUGAAGGAGCUCAUUGACCUCUUCUACACCCUGGCCGACGACAAGAGCAGCGACGCCGGCCCGCGCCUGGCCGCCGAGGUGUUCACGAAAGACGCGACGAUGGGAUCAUCGGCUGGAACUGCGCAGGGCACCGAAGCCAUCUCGCACAGCCGAGACAACGCCUGGAACAUCGUGGCGUCGCGCCACCAUACGGUGUUGCAGGUCUUCGUCAGCGAUAGCGCAGGCCGCGAUCUCACUCUGAUCGGGGAGCUCACCCAAGUGUUCAACAACGGCAAGGAGUUGACCGCCCAGUUUGUCGCUCACUUGGUGGUCGAUGCAGAGAGCCACCGAGCCGGCAAGCCGAGAUUGAGUCUCAUGCAGGUUUUUGCCGACAGUGCACCAUUCGCUGCAGCCGCAAAAGCGUGA